AUGUUUAAACGAAGAAGAAGACAAUACAAUUAUAAUAAACGAUAUAAAAGAUAUUAUAAUAGUGCUGGUAGGUAUGUUUCUAGACAAUAUGAUAAACAACCCAUUGAUAAUGAACAGCAGUUUUAUCAAUUUGGUGGAAGACCUUAUAAUCCACCAAUUCCAGAUGAAUCUCUUCAAAAUAUAGUUAAUAGGGAAUUAGAUAAACGAUUGGGUGAUGACGGUGGAUUUUUUAAAAAUAUUGGUAAACAACAAAAAAGGAUUGAUGAUGAUAAUAAAAAUCUGUAUAAAGCUAUUUUGCGUGCUCAGCAAGAUAAUCUUAAAAAUGUUCAUCAUAUUGAACGUUUAGAAUCUGCAAUUAAUAAAUAUAAACAAAAUGCUGAACGAUUUGUUACAGUUGAAGAUUUAGUUCGUGAAAAUAGAGAAAUGAUAAAUAAAAAUGUGAAUAAGAUUAAUGAAUUAAGAAUGGAAUUUGGUGAUUUUAUUCCUCGUAAUAUUCGUACUCAAAUAAAAGAUCUUGAUGAACAAAAUUCUAUAUUGAAACGUCGUGUAUCUAAUAUUGAAAAGAAUAAUGGGAUAUUUGUUACUCGUGCAGAGUUAAAUGCUUUCAAAGAUUUUUAUGAACCUGUAGUUGAAAAACAGGGUUCUAGAUUACAAAAUAUUGAAGAACGAAUUGAUAUUUUGAAAGGAUUGAUUGAUAAAUAUCCUGCUUUUGAGAAUCAAUUAAAAAAGUUAUCUGAUGAUUAUCAGAAUAUGGGUUCGGCGUUUUCUAGACAAUAUGAUGAUUUGAAUUCUCAAUUUAGACAUUUGAAUACAAUAAGUCCAGAAAAUUUAAAUGCUGUUAGAGCAGAUUUAGAAUUAUAUAAAGAUCAACUUCAAAAAGAAAUUCAAUUACUUUAUAGAACUAAAUUAGAUGUUAAUGAAGCUGCCAAGUGGUUUGAACAAACAUGGUCUGAUACAUAUAGACGAAACGAUGUAAAAAUUUUAUUAGAACAAUUUGAUAAUUAUAUAAAGAAACAAGAAAGAAUUGUUAAAGAUAUUGAUUCGAGACUCGUUGAACAACAACGAUUUUCAUUGAAACGACUUGAUACGGUUACAGAUAAGGUUAAUUUAUAUAUUGAACGUCUUGAUAAAUUAGAAAAUAAAUCAGAAGAAUGGAAAAAUGUUUUUGAUGUGGUUAACAGAUUACCUGAACACAUGAAAAUACCUUUAAAUGAUUUACUAAAAGAUUUAUUAGAAGAACAAGAACCUGCCAAUUUUACUAGAAGAAUGAGAAUACUUGAGAGUGAAGUGAAAGCUCUUAAAUCAUCAAUACAGAAAAUCGGUGCUGGUAAAACAGAAGAACUUACUCGUGUAAUAAGUUUAGUAAAUAGUAUACAGAAUGAUAUGAAUUCAUAUAAAAAGGGAGGACAAAUAAUAAAUGCAGGAGAAGAACAUUUUUAUAGUGAUGAUCCAGAUAUGAAACAGAGUAAAAAAGCUUUUGAAAAUACUCGUCAGUUAUUAAUUUCUCAAUUUAGAGAUGUUAAUAAGUAUAUAAAAAAUAAUGAAGUUCGUGGUACACAAUAUAAAGAUGUGAUAAGUACUGUUAAUACAAUUAUGAACCAAUUUGAAAAUAUUGCUCAAUCCUUUAAUGCUGAGUAUGUUGUUCCUGUUAAUGAUAUGCAAAAUUUUCAUGAAAGUAUGAUGAUGGUUUUGAGUGGUAUUAAAGAUGACAAUUCGAAUAUUGAUGAAAUUCGAUAUAAAUUGGAUGUUGCUUCUCGUGAUUUUACUAAAUUGCGGGCUUCUUGGAAUAGUAAUAGAAUGGCUGGUGCUAAGAUUAUUGCAACUAAAUUGGCUGAACGAAAUGGUAUAAAUCUUAAUGAAUUUGUUGAAUAUGCUCAGAAUUUUGUUGUACGUGGUGAUACUAAUUCUUAUGUUUCUGAAAGUAUAAUACAACCAAGAAAAAGAAUUACAGGAGAUGGUAUUUCUUCUGAUUCAAAUUCUGGUUUGGAAAAUCGUGGUCACGGAGUGGUUACAGCGAAAGAGGUAAAACAUGGAUAUGAAUUAAUGGGUAGACAUGAAAUCGAACCUAAAUAUAAUGUUACUCCUGUUGCUUCUGAUUAUAGACAAAAAACAAAUGAUUUAAUGCGUGCGGGAUAUAACGAAUAUGAUUAUGAAAAGUGGUAUAAAGAAGCGAGAGCAGCAAUAAAUGAACGAGUGAAAAAAUAUUAUGAUAAUCCUGAAAAUGAGAGGGAAGUUAUUGAUGUUAACGGUCAUAUCACGGAAUCUAUUCCAAGAGGAGUGUAUAAUAUGAUUGAGUCGGAUGAACUCAGUCGAUAUGAAAAGCGUGUAAAUGCGUCCAAGAGGAACAAUUUAAUACUGAAACGUAAUAUGGAACGUAUUAAUAAACGUGCAUGGGAAGACGUAUUGAAGAAAGACACUUCUGCGAAAUCUAAAAGAAUAAUAAAAGUUCCGAUGGUUGCAACUAAAAAGAAGUAA